CUAGUUUUUUGACGUAGUUUUUCUACUAUUUAUUAGUGCGUUUUUUAGAGCUUUUAUUAACAUCAUGGCCAAGAAGGGAAAGUCUGGAAAGUCAAAGAAGGGAGGAAACAGCAAGCCUGCGGCGCCGAAGCCCGAGGUAGCACCUGUGGUUGCCGAGGAGGUGAAGCAGCAGGAGAUGCAGGUUGAGGAGGCUGUUGCUGAGGAGCCGAAGGUCGAGGAGAGUGCCGAGGAGACUGUCGAGGAGACUGCCCCUGCCGAGGAAUCGAAGGAGGAGGUUGCUGCUCCUGCCGCUGAAGAGCCUGCCGAGGUUGAGGAGCCCGCUAAGGCCGAGGAGCCCGCCAAGGUUGAGGAGCCUGCCAAGGUCGAGGAGCCUGCCUUUGAGAUCCCGUCACUGGGUAAUGUGGAGGCGAUCGUCGCCGCCGGUGCCCCCGCUCCCACGCCGAUCGACCGCUCGGAGCCUAAGGCCGAAGAGGUUAGGGCCAAGGAGCCUGCCAAGGUUGAGGAGCCUGUCCUUGCUGCCGAGGAGCCCGUGAAGGCUGAGGAGCCUGUUAAGGUCGAGGAGGAGGUCGCUGCCCCUGUUAUUGAGGAGCCCGCUAAGGUCGAGGAGCCCGCUAAGGUCGAAGAGCUCGCUAAGGUCGAAGAGCUCGCUGCCGUCGAGCCCGUGGUUGAGGAGCCUGUCCCUGCUGCUGAGGAGCCCGUGAAGGCUGAGGAGCCCGCUAAGGCCGAGGAGGUCGCUGCCCCUGCUGUUGAGGAGCCCGCUAAGGUGGAAGAGCCCGCUGCCGUCGAGCCCGUGGUUGAGGAGCCUGUCCCUGCUGCUGAGGAGCCCGUGAAGGCUGAGGAGCCCACUAAGGUCGAGGAGCCCGCUAAGGUCGAAGAGCCUGCUAAGGUCGAAGAGCUCGCUGUCGUCGAGCCCGUGGUUGAGGAGCCUGUCCCUGCUGCCGAGGAGCCUGUGAAGGCUGAGCCCGCCAAGGUGGAGGAACCCAAGGCUGAGGAGCCAGCAAAGGCCAAGGAACCUGUGAAGGAGCCGCACAAGAGGACGGCGCACGGUGACAAGCCGCCGCGCAAGGGCCUCGUCAACAGGCUGAUCGACUUCUUCGGUGGCAGGAAGUAAGCUGCUCGCGUUCUGAACAAAAAAAUGUUUCUAGGUCCUUUUUAGCUCUCGCACUUUGUUUUUUUUUUUCUUUUUACCUAAACCCCUCUCUAUGCUUGUGUAUAGACACCCUAUCUCUAAAAUAAAAAAGCGUACCUCCC